UAGUACUUGUACAGGCAGGAGUGUUUCCAGUACUUCUUUGUACAACUCACUGAGGGAAUGGGAAACUGUUUUAUAGCUCUGGAAACAUAAGCACAGUAAGAAUGUCUGAGGCUAUCCGGUGCACUCUCGUGAACUGUAGUUGUCAGUGUUUCAAACCUGGAAAAAUAAAUCAGCGACAAUGUGACCAAUGCCGGCAUGGAUGGGUAGCACAUGCCCUGAGCAAACUAAGAAUUCCAAACCUCUACCCAUCAAGCCAAGUAGAAAUAGUUCAAUCCAAUGUUGUCUUUGACAUCAGUAGCCUCAUGUUGUACGGAACUCAAGCCAUUCCUGUGCGCCUUAAAAUUCUGCUUGAUCGGCUUUUCAGUGUUCUGAAGCAGGAAGAAGUGAUACAGAUUCUCCAUGCUCUGGAUUGGACACUGCAGGAUUAUAUACGUGGAUAUGUGCUACAGGAUGCUUCAGGAAAGGUGCUGGAUCACUGGAGCAUAAUGACCACUGAAGAAGAACUGGCUACUUUGCAGCAGUUUCUUCGCUUUGGAGAAACUAAGUCCAUUGUAGAGUUAAUGGCAAUUCAGGAGAAAGAAGGGCAGUCAAUCAUAAUACCACCACCAACUGCCAAUUUGGAUAUUAGGGCAUUCAUUGAGAGCUGCAGCCCACACAGUCCUAAUUUUUCUGCUUCCUUGGACAAAAUGAGUCCCACCAACAUUCAUCCCUUUGAGAAUAUUGUAAAUAGCAUGGCUUUCAUGCUGCCGUUUCAGUUUUUCAGUCCAGUGCCUCCACCUUUGAUAGGUUCACCACCAGAAAGACAUUUGAUUGAUCAAGGUCAAGACCAUAGCAAUGAAACCAAACAAGAUCUUCAGAUACCAUUUUCUGAAAGCAGUUUCUUAACUUCUAGUUCUGCACCAUUUCAAGUUGAAAAUGAGAGGAGCAUAAAUGGUCCAGAUGUCACUAAAACAGAAGAUGAUGCCCUUUUAAGUGAUUCCAGUUCACAUAAUACAGCAGCCAAGCUUGAAAUGACAGCACUAUCUCCAGAAAACAAAAUGAAAUCUGUGGAAAAAAAUGCUGGGCCAAGGAAAGGGCGUGUCUUCUGCACUGCAUGUGAAAAAACAUUUUAUGACAAAGGUACUUUGAAAAUACAUUACAAUGCUGUUCAUCUGAAGAUAAAGCACAAAUGCACCAUUGAGGGCUGCAAUAUGGUAUUUAGUUCAUUGCGUAGUCGAAAUCGUCAUAGUGCAAAUCCUAACCCCAGACUCCAUAUGCCAAUGAACAGAAACAACAGGGAUAAAGAUCUAAGAAAUGGUUUGACCAUUGCUGGACCUGGAGAUAGUAAAAGGACAGAAUUCACAAUUUUAACUCCGGAUAGCAGAACGGUUUCCAGCUAUGCCAGCUCUUGCACAGAUUCAAAAGGCCAGGCUGGAUUUUCCAGUAUUGGACAUAACGGUGUCCUCUUUCCAAACCUGAAGACAGUACAGCCUGUUCUUCCUUUUUACCGUAGUCCAGUCACACCAGCUGAGCUUGCCAAUACUCCGGGUACUCUUCCUUCUCUGCCUCUUGUUUCUUCCUCAAUACCAGAGCAGCUUGUUUCCAAUGAAUUGCCAUUUGACAUGCUCCCCAAGAAGAAAUCUCGCAAGUCGAGCAUGCCCAUUAAGAUAGAGAAAGAAGCUGUUGAGACACCCAAUGAAAGUAGCGAUGUUGCCAGUUCUGAAGAUGAGUCACGUCUGCAGGGGGUAAGCGAUGGAGAGCUUGAGACCUGUGAGCAAAAGAUAGAGAAGCGGGUGACCGACAGGGUGGAAAAGCACCCCCAUUCAGGUAAUUCAUGGAAAUCUCUCUCUGGGGUAGAGGGCCCAAAGUAUUUUGAAUCGGUCUUUGCACCAAAUAACAAAUACAUCGAGGAUAUCUCUGAGAAUGAAUUGCAACACUGUGAGAAAGAGGUUAAACCAGAAGAAAACCAACCAUUAAAAAUAGUUUCCCAUGAGAUUAUGUAUGAAGAUCCAAAACACUACCACAGUGAUGUUAUAAAACCAAUGACUGAACCCCCCAUGUAUAUUAAAGAGCAGUCAAAGCACAGGAUUCCUAAAAAUGACUGCCCUGAAUUGCAACACCACUUGCUGACUGGGGGCUUUUUCAGCACUUUGUCAAACAGGGGUGCUGCCAUUCCUUGUUUUGAAGACUCUAAAGAUAUGGAUCAUGUCAGUCAACAUGCACUAGGGAUUCAGAAGGAAGAAAGCCGCUUUCAUUGCGACAUCUGUAAGAAGACUUUUAAAAACCCUUACAGUGUAAAAAUGCAUUUCAGAAAUGUACAUCUCAAAGAAAUGCAUAUUUGCACAGUUGAGGGCUGUAAUGCUGCUUUCCCUUCUCGUAGAAGUCGAGACAGACAUAGUUCAAACCUAAAUCUUCAUCAUAAGCUUCUGACUAAAGAUACACUGGAAUUCAACAACCAUUUCAAUGCAACAUACCUCUUGAAAGACAUGGCUAAGGAGUUUUGCCAAGAUGUUUCUUUAAAACAACAUGUUGGACAUACUUCUGUAAUCUUCAAAGGAAUGAACAGAACAGGCAGCUACGUUUUUCCAAUGAGCAAAAUUGCAGAUCCCUGUUCUGAGAGCUAUGGAUAUGAUCCAUUAAAUGAUGGAGCUGUUCUGGAUCUAAGCACAACUUCCAGCGUUAAAUCUGAGAGCAGUGCUCAUUCUUCAUGGGAUUCUGAUGGAGGAAGUGAAAUAUGCACCAUGCCCUUGGAUGACAGUGAUGAAAGCUGUGAAGGACCCAGCCUAAUGCCCAGUGAUGAACUCUACCAAGACUGUACCUUAAUUGAGAAAGCUAAUCAAAACUUUAUAAAUUUACCUUCCAGUUUGCCAAUAACUUGUCAUAUAUGUCAAAAAACAUACAGUAAUAAAGGAACUUUCAGGGCUCAUUACAAAACUGUGCAUCUCCGCCAGCUCCACAAAUGCAAAGUCCCAGGUUGCAACACAAUGUUUUCAUCUGUUCGCAGUCGGAACAGGCACAGUCAAAACCCCAAUCUGCACAAAAGUCUGGCUGGGUCACCAACUAGCUUAAAGUAAGAUCAGACUGAUCUUAAUUUAUUUCUGCUAAGAAUUAAUCAUUUCAAUUAAAGAAUGUGUUAACAUCAGUUUUAUUUAAGCUCAUUCGACUUCUAGCUCACUCAACAACCACAGUCAAAUUAUUUUCCCCUGUGUGUGCUCUACAACAGUUUCAGUUAGCAAAGCUUGGUGCUGUAGUUCUUGUGCAAUUGUUUUGUUUGAUGUUGAACAGUUAAAACUUCUGUAAGGAAAAGAAAACAUCUUAGAAAUGGGGGAAAUAAGGAGACAUUAACUAAAGUGUUUCUGAUACCUUUGAAGUAUUACUUGCCACAGUAGGAGAUUCAAAUGAGAACCAUCAUUGCUUGUGUUUACAUGUUAAAUGGGUUGUUGUGUUGUGAAAGAAAUGAGUAAUGAUUGGGGUAAGUUUCCUCUGGUUGGGUUGAGAAUCUUGAGGCUACCAUUUCAUUCCUGAGACAUUAGUCUGAAGCUGACUUGCAGUAUUAAUAAAUGUACUAAAGUAUCCCAAAAUCCAAAGAAGAAAAUACAAAUUUGAGAAAACUGCAUACAGUUCAAAUCUUCCGAAAAUCCUGCAGUCCUUACUUUUUAAGGUUAUUUCACUUCAGUAAAGAUUAGUCUUUUGCCUUUCUUAUAAUUUAAUACCAUUUGCUUUGCAGGAAAAGGGGCUACUUAAUUUGUUGGCAGAAUAGCCUGAAUAAAUCUGAGACAUUCUGAUAAAUUGUAGUGAUAGAAAGAAUGAAUAGGCUAAACUAAAAUUUCUAAACUACAGCAAAUGCAUCCAUAAAAUUGGGGGGAAAGUAAGCCCUUUAAUUUAAAAUGCACUUUUUGAGUUCUGCUUUCAGGAAGAGAAAACUUUUGUUAAAAAUAGGGGGAAAAAAGGAAAAAAUCCCCAACCAAAUAUCCAAGCUGCUUAGGAGCUUAAGGGUGCAAUUCUAAGCCUCUGAGAGAAAGAGAUAAAAUGGAUGCAGUAGAUAGAUACAUCUUUUAUGAUGCAGCAGUUAGUUUCUCUUACCAGUGGGGGAUAAAAUGUGUUGAUCUUUGUAACAAUAGAAUGCUUAUUCUCAUUCACACCUCUUUUUUAUAAGAACGUUGUUCAAUAUCUGUUAGAAUGUUUCAUAUCUUUGUAGUUGCCCCUGUAAUUAACAGUAUUCUGCAUUAUGUUCUAUGCACUUAAGAAGACUGGCCUUGCAUUGUAUUUUAAAACACUUUAAUAUUUAAUUUUCAGUCACAUCAUACAAAUGCAAUGUGUGUACUUGUGGUGUGUCCUCUUUCAGUCAUUUGCAAAGAGAAAAAGAAAUAAGAGAGCAAGUCUUACAGUACCUUUUUUACUUUAUUCCACCAGUGGAAAUCUGUUGAUCAAUUCUAUAAUGUAUGCAAGCAUGACAUUGACAGCACAAUCUGUACAUAUUAUACCAAA